CGCCUUUGGAAGAUCUGUCAACAAAGCAGCGGGCGAGAAUGAUAAAAGUAGAAUGGAAACAAACACCUACCCGCUCAUCCCAGCGUUGCAUUUAUCGCUUUCAUACCCAUAACAUUUUAGUAACGUUGUGUAAAGAUGAAAUCAAGAAGUCGUUCCCGCAGCCGAAACAAGCGUGAUACGAAAAGAAGUCAUCGAGAAACUAGUUCCCGUUCCAGCUCAUCUAGCAGUGGCAGUAGUGCUAGUAGUCGCAGCAGUAGCCGCAGCAGUAGCGCCAGCAGCCAUAAUGCAAGACACAAACGUAGCAAAAGUGGUGAAGUUAAACGGAAACCCACAGAGAAACUAUCCAGCAGAAGACGUUCGCGGUCUCCCAAACGCAGUGAAAAUGUUACAAAAGAUCGCCGAAAUGAACAAUCGCUGAAGAUUCAUCAUGCGGACCGCAGGCGACAGUCAAGAACUCCCGAACGCAAGCGGAAAGACUCCCGUGCCCAUGAGGAAAAUCAUCGAAAUCGGCGGUCACCUAGCCCUCGUGAAAGAAGGCGCGAUGGAAGACAGGAGGAAAAGAAUCGUCGCGAUGAAAAUUCACGGCAUACUAACACCUCAAAGGACGAACGACGCCGUCACAGAUCUCGCAGUUCGCGCGAGCAAAGAGAUCGAUCCGUUGAUCGCUCCCGACGACAAGAUGAUCGCAACGUUACCCGGCAUAACGAAACCGAACGAAGAAAUGGAAACGAACGUUCAGAAAAUUCUCGCCAUCGAUCACGCAGCCCACGUACCCGUACGGGUGGCUCCAGAAAUGACCGUAAAGAACGUUCUGACGAAGAGGGUCAGCGUAACGAUUAUGGCAAUCGAGGGCAACAGAACCGUUGGAUGCAUGAUAUGUAUGAGACACACGAUUCACAGCGUAAUGUCGAUCGUAGCUUCCGAAGAUCGAACCGUGACACGAUGGAUGACGAUUUUAUGCAAUCUCGUCGUUUGCAGCGAGAAAUAAUCGGCACUGAAGGUGCACCGGAUGCAUGGGGUGAUUCCCCGUCGGAGGGUAACAGCUCGGACGAAGAGCUGGAACCGUCUAAGAGUACCUCCAAGCACAAAAAAUCCAAAACGAAAGGAAAGGAGAAGAAAAAAUCAUCCAAGCAUCGCUCGAAGAAGGAUAAGAAAAAGAAAAAGUCAUCUAAAAAAUCCAAAAAGUCUAAGAGCUCUAAGAAAAAAAAGCAGAAGGCAAAAAAAGUGGAAUCAUCUUCAUCUUCCGAUCCUUCAUCGUCUUCUGAAUCGUCUUCCUCUGGCGAUGAGGAAGAAGUAUGGAUAGAAAAGUCUGAAGCAUCAAGCAGAACGACCGCAAAGGAUGCCGGAUCGGCAACACUUGGAGCAUCCUCGCAGACCCGUUCCGUAGAGGAGGACGGCGAUAACGUGGUGGGUCCAGUGAAAACGAGCGGUAAUCUAAGCCAGAAAGAUUUCGGUAGAGCUUUGCUACCAGGUGAAGGUGCGGCCAUGGCAGCUUACGUCACUGAAGGCAAGCGUAUCCCACGUCGUGGUGAGAUCGGUCUUACCUCCGAUGAAAUUGCAAACUUCGAGCAGGUCGGGUACGUGAUGAGCGGCAGCCGGCAUCGACGCAUGGAGGCUGUCCGUAUACGUAAGGAAAAUCAAAUCUAUUCGGCGGACGAAAAGCGAGCAUUAGCGAUGUUCAGCAAGGAGGAACGGCAAAAGCGCGAAAACAAAAUUCUGACACAGUUCAAGGAGAUGAUCAGCGCCAAGUUGUCGGAGAACAAAAAAUGAAGCUUGUACAUUUAAACUAAAGAGAAUAAAUAAAAUAACUACAACAGUAUUGUACAAUAGUACAAUAUUUUCAUGUUUUUAA